UCAAGUUCAGGCUUCAAAGUACUUAGCGACAAAGAAAUAAUCGAGGCUGAGACUUGGGCAGAGGCUCGGGCUGCGGCUGAGGCUGAGACUCGGGCUGCGGCUGCCCAACUAUGUAUAAAAGCCAGCACUUUGGCCCGUCAUCAUCAACAGUUGCAAUCGAUUCCCCCAUCAAAGCACAAACACCUCUCCAUCUCCAAACAUGUUCAAAUUCGUUGCCUUCUUUGCUCUGCUGGCAGUGGCUGCCGCUGCUCCUGGCCUCAUCGCCCAGACGCACUCGUUCGUCCAGCCCGCCUACGUGGACCACAGCGGCUCCUCGGCCAUCACCCACCAGAGCAAUGUGAACCUCGUCCGCAAGGUGCCAGUGUCUCCAGUCGUCACCUACGCCGCCGCUCCUGUCGUCCACUCGGUCCAUGCUGCUCCACUGAUCAAGACCGUCGUGCCAGCUGUCCACACCGUCCACGCCGCUCCUGUGGUCCACAGUGUCCACGCUGCUCCUGUGGUCCACAGUGUCCACCCUGCUCCUGUGGUCCACACGGUGCAUGCUGCUCCCCAGUACCACCCCGUCGUGGCCGCAUCCCCCGUUGUCUACUCCGCCUUCCACCACAAGUGAAUCGAUUGAGAGCGUGUUGACGAAGGACUCGACUCUGUCAUGUCCGCAGAGAACGUUGAGCAAAUCAAUUAAAACAAAAGUAUUACA